AUGAGAGCUAGAGCUAGGGCGUUUUUGGCCUCGUCCUCAUCCUCAGAUGAUUUAUCAUCAUCAUCAUUAUUGUUACGGUUAUCAUCACCUUCGUGGCGCUGCAAGGGCUUCUGGGUUGGGCCCUUUGCUCGUCAUCUGCUGAGGAUCCUAGGCGUCAUCCUCUGGGGCGUCGCUAUAGCUCUGGCCGCUGGUGGAGUUUUUGUGAUCCUGUUGUACAAGAACUACAGAUAUUUAUUUCAGGAGUCUUCCUUGUCUCUCUCUGGUUGGCUGGCUGUUGCAGCUGCACUCACCUCGCUACUGACUGGGUUUUUGGCUAUCUCUGUUUCUGCUAACAGCUCCCGCUGCCAGCGAGGGGCUCUCAUGUACUUGUUGCUAAUGCUUCUUUGCCUAGAAAUGUCUUUGGCGGUUCUGGCAAAGGUCUACUCUAUUCGGAUGGCUUCUGAGCUGAAAAGCACUAUGGGUAACCUUGUCUAUCAGUACAAUGGAACGCACUCCCAGGGCCCUGGCAGCAGGGAUCUGGAUGUGCUACAGAGGAAUCUGCAGUGUUGUGGGGUCCAGAACUACACAGACUGGCUAAAGGCAACAGCUGCUUCUCGGCAUCUUCCAGGUGAGGAAGCUCGUGUCCCUGAAAGCUGCUGUAAGGAGAAGUACUCUCACUGCAGGGGUGACUUAGGCCAUCGGGAGCAGCUUUUUCAGGAGGGCUGUUUAAAGAAGCUGGAACACCUGUUGCAUUUUGUCAUGCUCUACAUAUUUUGGUGCUGUAUUGCGCUAAGUGUCUUGGAGCUGUUUGCUUGUAUCAGCAAUGGCAUCCUGAUGAAGUAUCAGCCAUUCCAUGACUUUCAAAUUCUGGAUUAA